UUUCAUGCCCUACAAAAAAAAAGAGAAGACGGAAGUGACGUUUGCUCUCGUUCGUCCUUUCCAGAAAAAAUGGCGGCUGUUGACAUCGACGUGCCGGUGGAAGCGGAGUCUCAAAUCCGUAAUCAGGACGAGCUGGAACGUGAGGCUGAAGGCUUUAAAGAAAAAGGAAAUGCAUUCUACAGCAAGAAAGACUACUCUGAGGCUUUCAACUAUUACACUAAGGCCAUCGAUUAUUGUCCCACAAAUGCCAGUUAUUAUGGCAACAGAGCAGCCACCCUCAUGAUGCUCAGUCGUUUUCGAGAAGCCCUUGAAGAUUCACAGCAGGCUGUCAGAUUGGACGACUGUUUCAUGAAGGGGCAUCUACGUGAGGGCAAGUGCCAUCUGUCUUUGGGAAAUGCCACGGCGGCCAGUCACUGCUUUCAGAAGGUCCUGGAGAGGGAGCCCAGUAACAGAGAGGCCCAACAGGAGAAAAAGAAUGCAACAACUCUUCUGGACUUUGAACGCAUGGCGGAGUUUGGAUUUGAAAAGCGUGAUUUCAGAAAGGUGGUGUACUGCAUGGACCGCGCGUUGGCUCUGGCCUCUGCAUGCCACCGAUUUAAAAUCCUCAAGGCUGAGUGUCUAGCUCUGCUGGGCCGCUAUCCAGAAGCUCAGUCUGUAGCAAGCGAUAUACUGCGAAUGGAUUCCACAAAUGCAGAUGCGCUCUAUGUCCGAGGCCUGUGUCUUUACUAUGAGGACUGCAUCGAUAAAGCUGUACAGUUCUUUGUCCAGGCUCUGCGCAUGGCACCUGACCAUGAAAAGGCCCGGCUAGCCUGUAGGAAUGCCAAAUCCUUAAAAGCCAAGAAGGAGGAGGGCAACCAGGCCUUUAAGAACAACAACUAUGAAGCCGCCUACCAGCUGUAUACAGAAGCCCUGACGAUAGACCCCAACAACAUCAAGACCAACGCCAAACUCUACUGCAACAGAGCCACAGCAGGAGCAAAGGUGAAGAAACUUAAUCAAGCCAUUGAAGACUGCACUAGUGCAAUCAAACUAGAUGACACAUACAUCAAGGCCUACUUAAGAAGAGCUCAGUGCUACAUGGACACAGAGCAGUACGAGGAGGCUGUGCGAGAUUAUGAAAAAGUCUACCAGACAGAGAAAACAUCAGAUCACAAACAGCUGCUGAAGGCGGCACAGCUUGAGCUAAAGAAGAGCAAGAGGAAAGAUUAUUACAAGGUGCUUGGGGUCGGCAAGAACGCCACAGAGGACGAGAUCAAAAAAGCCUAUCGCAAACGAGCCCUCAUGCACCACCCAGACCGCCACAGUGCAGCAACUCCGGAGGUGCAGAAAGAAGAGGAAAAGAAAUUCAAGGAGGUUGGGGAGGCAUUUACUGUGCUCUCUGAUCCAAAGAAGAAGAUUCGUUAUGAUAAUGGUCACGAUUUAGAAGACGAUGGCACCUUUGAUGGUGGAGAUUUUGAUGCAAAUAACAUCUUCAGGGCUUUCUUUGGUGGCCAUGGUGGAGGGUUUAAUUUUGAAUCCAAUCAAGGCUCUGCCCCUGGAAAUUUCUUUUUUCAGUUUGGCUAAAGUGAAAGCCCAUGGAAGGAAAUGCAGCCCUGCAAUGGACAAAAUCAAGUCGAAACCACCUGUAACCUCCAGGUCCUCACUUUCUGACACUGAGUGUCUUGCAAAUCCUCUCCAAUAUUGUUUUUUUUAUGUUUUUUUUUUUAUUCCUUCACUCUUAAAUCUACCGCUUAUAUUGAUGCUAACACACUUUAGGAACUGUAAUUCAUGGACUUUAGUUUAUAAAUUAGCAUUGUAGAUAAAUAAGUACUUUUUUAUUGAAGUUUAAUCAGAUCAGAGCAUGUUACUUUCGCCAAAAUUAAAACAAUAUUAAGCCCACUCCUGUAUAACUGGCUCAGAUGGAGAAGAGUUGUAAGGAGUGCAUUGACCAUUUUGGCAUUAUAGUAAAUUACUUUUAGACCAAAUAUGUCUUUAAGGUUCUACUUGGACAGCAUGUCUCCUAUAGAGCAAGACUCAAUGUACUCUGUAAGUUUAAUGUCAAAACUGAUCUCAGGACAGCCUGAUUAAACUAGUCUAUUGUGAGUGUAUGUACAGGUUUUAUUGGCUCAACUGCCAAAUAUGGAAUCGACUUGCAGGGUUUUUUUUCGUCACUUCAUGCUGCAUUGUAUAUUUGACUCGAAUGUAAACUGUUUCGUGUCCAUAAACUUUCUUCUUCAGUCUUCCCUUCAGUAUAUUUAUAUUUAUUGUACUGUAUGCAGCGGGAUGCUAGUUUCAUCCUUCAUCUCUCUUCUUUUCUUUUUUUGAAGUCAUUUGUAGGUUUUCCCAUGUCAUCGCAUUCACUCUGAUAGCGUUUCCCUUAAGGCAACAAUUAAUAUACAGUCCUGUUUUUUUGGUCACACAUUCGCUACUGUCCGUGCUUCAAGUGGUGCCUUACGAGAAUGUCUGAUCUGAACUCAAGUCCAUCAUAUUUACAAAAGGCAUCAUUUACACUUGGAAGCAAACUUUUUUGUUUUGGCCAGCAAAUUAAGAUUUGCAAGUACAUAGUCAUCGUGUCAAACAUAGAAGAUGUAAAUACGUUCCGUGAGUCAUGAUGCCAUCUUCAUGUUUUACACCCAGCUACCAUUUACCCUACUUCUCCUGCACGUUUAGCCUGUGCAACGCCUCCCCUACUUGUUCCACCUGUUUCCAGGAGCACUCACAGUAAGGUGGUAACUUUUUUUUUUUAAAUUCUGUCUUUGCUUUAUGUUUCAUUUUUAAAGUAAACAUGUCACAGUAUUAACAGGACGUUUUCUUAAUGUGGAAAUAAAGAUUCUUCUUUUACUGUA